UGUAAAAAAACAGAUUUGAAGAGAAUUAUGCGAAUUUUAUCACUUUAUUCUUGACAAUAAUAUAAAACAAACGGUUUAUUUCAGUUUCAAUGAAACUCAGUUGAAAUUUUUAUAUUUUGAUGUUUCUAGCACGAAGGUGACAACUGGUGACAACUCCGUGUCACGCACGUGGUGCACGUUACGAUGGUUUUGAGGUUAGAUUUAACCGACAAAACUUCAAGGAAGUCGUGGGAUACACUUGUUAGUCGUGCGAAUGAUAUAAAAAGCUGAGAAAAACUUUUCUCUUGAGAUGGAAGUCAACGUGGGCGACGUGGUGAUGCCGGGCGACAGUUUAACUAACAUCAAGUCAUUCAAGAAGGAAAGCAAAAGCGAGAAGGAGAUCGUGAUCCUGGGCCCUGGACUACGUCGUGAGGACGAUGCCGUGUUCGUCUGCAAAGCGGGUGUCCUGAGGAAACGCGAACCGGCCGUCUACUAUGUGGACAGCUAUCAGAAACGAUACAUUCCUAGUCGAGGCGAGAACGUCGUUGGUAUAGUGACGCAAAAAAGCGGUGACAUUUACAAAGUGGACAUCGGAGCCAGCGAACAGGCGACGCUAUCUUAUUUGGCCUUUGAGGGAGCCACAAAGAAAAACCGACCUGAUAUACAAAUCGGUGAUUUGGUGUACGCCAAAUUGCUGAUCGCCAGCAAGGACAUGGAACCGGAAUUGGUAUGCGUGGACUCCCACGGCAAGGAGAAUGAGCUCGGUAUGCUAAGCUCAGAUGGCAUGAUGUUUACCUGCUCGCUGAGCCUCAUAAGGAAAUUACUCAAUCCGGAGUGUCCAUUGUUUAAGCUACUCGGCAGGAAUCAGGCAUACGAACUUGCUGCUGGGAUGAACGGCAGGAUAUGGAUCAAAGCGCGGUCGGUUCAAGAGACGAUAGCCGUGGCAAACGCUAUUCUAGCGGCGGAGUACACGGUACCUAGUGAAAUGCAAAAACUCUGUGCCAGAAUCGAGAAAAUAUUGUUUCUCGUGGCUUAAUGUUAGCGAACUUGGAGGAAAAUUUAUUCGGAUGGAUUAUUAUUUAAGGUUCGGUGUUUUUCUUUUUUUCAAAUAAAACUGAGAAGAAAUUAGAAUAAUGCCUUAAAUCAAUUCAAAUGCAUUUUGAAGCCAGUCCCACUUUGGCAUGCAAAAUAAUGACUACUUGCUGUUAUCAAUGACAGUUAC